AUGCUGGGAAUCAUGACAACUACUCUGGCAGACGACUUUGGAAUAGGUGCGUUCUACGUGAACGACCGCGCCUACACCGAGGAGGUGGAACAGUUCAGAGGUCACAUGACCGACUCCGAGUCCGCCUGCGACGAGAUCGCCAUCAGCCUCGCGGAGCCGCUCUAUCUGCCUCUGCCUCUGUUCAUUCCCGAGGACGGCUAUGCCUGCGAUACGUCGACGGGUCAGUCGAGCAGGCCGCCGGCCGACACCGGCUUGCCGGCGAGCUCGGCAUCUGCUCGUCAGUUGCGUGGCAUCCCGUCCGGACUCAUAGACUUUCUGCAGCCGCUUGUUGAGAAGGGCAUCAUCCAGAUCUACCGCAAUGACGAUGAAGAGGGAGCCGAGAAUGAGGCGACCCGGAGCCGUCGUGUCCAAGAGGAGGAGUCUUCCAAGCCUGGCAGGUCGUGGACGGGACAUUUGAUCUACAAAGAGGUAGACUCCCGACUUGCUAACCGGUUGACUAACAAUUGGGCUGACUCACCGAUUGAAUGA